GCAUGUGCAUGUUGGGGGGGCUUUAAGGCAGAGAAAGAAACUUCCUCUCUCCGUUCAUAUCUUUCUACAGGGAGCUGCUGUGGGAUAAAUCCGAAUAUUUAGCCACAAACUCAUUUUAUCUUAGCUAUUUAUGAGGAAAGUGCUCUAGAGUGACCUGCAACUUUUUAAAUACUUUUCUGAAUUUACAUCUCGAAGCAACAGCCGUUUUAUUUUCUUUUAUUUCUUCCUUUACAUAAAGGAUUAAACUGGACCCAUUUAACCGUAUGGAUUAAUCACCUGAUGUGACUCCAGCAGAGCAGCUGUUGACUUGAAAUCCAAUUUUCUGCUGGUUUUCUUGGCUCAGAUUCAUGUUUUGCAGUUAGCUGUGAGCAUGUGAGAAGUAAACAAGAAGACUAGAAGGCUUCAACCAGCAAAAACACAUACAUUUAAACAGGAUUUCCUAAAGUGACAUAAGGCUUUUCCUCAGAACCAGGCGAUAUGUCGAGGCCUCCUUCGUCCCAGACCACUCCUCAGUUCUACAGGGUCAGUGAGAGAGACCUCACAGAGAUCGAGCUGCAUUCUGUCGACUCCAUCAACGACCUCCACCGCACACAUGCUGAGCACAGCCACAAAGGGACGAAGCCUCCUCGCCCCGCAUACACACCUUCCCCAAAUGGAAAUUUAUUCACACAUGGGGCGGCAGGCAGUCAAAGAGGGCCCUCACUGAACAGCAAAUGGCAGAGACGACUUCAGGACAUGUUGACACCGAGUUCAUCAAGGGCUUACGCCAUGGGCUGCGCCAUCGUCACCCUUCUUCUGCUCACAGUGUUGCUCAUCUUCUACUUUCUAGUUCAGCAGGGCAGCGCAAUCAGGAUGCUGACUGAAGCUGUGAGGGAAAAGGAGGCUGCAGCCAACGAGCUGGCACUGCUGAUCCAGGAGCUGCAGGAACUGAGACGAAACAUGACAGUCGUGAGACGAGGGACAUGAGGAAGACGUGGACUGGGCUCGUUUAACAGAGGACAGGGAAUCAUUUGAAAAUGUGAAACAUAAAACUUAAUUCCAUGUAGGCUUUGAUCUUUUAUCUCUAAACACAGUCUUUGUUUUGAGUUAAAAAUGUAAUUCUUUGUCUUUUGUUGUAUAAUAAAAUAGCAUAAUUGACAAAAACCAAAAUUUUUCUUUCAUAAAAGGGAAUGUGAUCUUUCAGAUAUUAGAGUGGUUGCCACCCCUGAGUUUUUAUAAAUAUCUAAAACACUUCCUUAUCAAAAUAA